UACAUCACGGGUGUCAAACUGGCGGCCCUCCAGCUGUUUCCAAACUACCAUGAGGCAUUGCAAAAUUGACAGUUACAAGCAUGACUCCCAAAGGCAGAGGCAUGAUGGGACUUGUAGUUUUGCAACAGCUAGAGGGCCACCAGUUUGACAUCCCUGGUCUACAUCACGGGUGUCAAACUGGCGGCCCUCCAGCUGUUUCCAAACUACCAUGAGGCAUUGCAAAAUUGACAGUUACAAGCAUGACUCCCAAAGGCAGAGGCAUGAUGGGACUUGUAGUUUUGCAACAGCUAGAGGGCCACCAGUUUGACAUCCCUGGUCUACAU